AUGAGUACCAUGGCAACCGAGAUUGUUGCUUUUUUUCUAACUGUCUCCGGGUGGAUCCUGGUGUCAUCCACACUUCCUACCGACUACUGGAAGGUCUCCUCAGUGGACGGGACGGUCAUCACUACAGCUACCUUCUGGUCAAACCUGUGGAAAACAUGUGUGACCGAUUCCACGGGCGUGUCCAACUGCAAGGACUUUCCCUCCAUGCUGGCUCUGGAUGCUUACAUCCAAGUAUGUCGGGGCCUGAUGAUUGCGGCUGUGUGUCUGGGCUUCUUUGGUGCCAUACUUGCCCUGCUUGGAAUGAAGUGCACAAAAGUAGGAGGCUCAAAGACCACCAAAGCUCGCCUGGCAGUCUUUGCAGGAUUUCAGUACAUCCUGAGCGGCCUGUGCUGCAUGACUGCCUGCUCCAUAUAUGCUCACAGGAUCACUACAGACUUCUUCGACCCCCUUUUUGUUGCUCAGAAGUUUGAACUGGGAGCAGCUCUCUUCAUCGGCUGGUCUGGAUCUGUGCUAUGCAUCUUGGGAGGUUCAGUUUUCUGUCUCUCCCUGUCAACGGGCUCAAGCAUCAGGCAAGUUGACUGGUAA